CCAAAACAACUUUCUCAACGUCAUCAUUUUUCUCCAACCCUUUUAUAUACCCUAGGAAUUGAUCAUGCCUUCCACUCGUCACAUUCAUCACAUUUGAGACACCCCAGAAGGCCAAACCAAAACCCAAAAACCCUUUUCUUUCUCUGAAACUCAUCAGCACACAUACAAAAUGGAGGGUCUGAUUCCUUUCGUUUACAAGGCCAUAAUGCAAUACAAGGGUACUGGCAAAGAGGGUCCUUUAGGAUCAUGGAUUUGUGAGUCCCCUUCUUACUCAUACAUGAGACUUCCUGGUGAUUCGGGAAGGUUUCAAAUUCAAGCACCACCUUCAUUCUCUGCACCUUCACCCUCUUCCAACAACCCUACUUCUUCUGCCACCCAAAUCAUCGUUUCCUCUGGGGUUCAGUCCCCACAUCAGUGUUUGACUCAUCGUCGAAUUGCAGCAUGAAGAUGCAUGAAGAAGAACAUGACUACGGAGCUAAUUGGUUGGUGCCUGAAGAAGAAAAGCUGAAGGUGCAGACCAACUGGUUCUGGUGGAAGGAAAGUGAUGGUGGUCUCUUUGAUUAUUCAAGAGUUCAAGUUUGUGGUUUCAAGUGUUGGAAAUGUUGUUUUAUUUCGAUUUUGGAUGAGCGUGUGGAAACAACCAAAGGGUCUCUUCAUACGCUUAGGUAGUGGUUGAUGGUGGUAUUAUUGUGUAAUUAAGUUGUAGAUAUGUUUCUGAUGCUUAAGAAUUGUUCUUGUUCUAGCCAAAUGGCCACUUCAACUGAGUUUCUGGACAAAAUAAUAGCCAAAAUGAAAUGUUUUUUCUUUUUGUUUA